UCCUCCUUCUGAAAGUUUCUCAAUCUCACUAAACUUUAGAGUUUAAAAGAAAGGUCACUCUAAAGAAACUUAUCAGAAGGUUAAACCCUGUGUAUCAUGCCAGUUUUGAUAAUGAUUUUAAAGUGUCAAAUGUUACAGAUUUCUAUAUGCCACCGGAUCUUACCGGAAGAACCUCCUUUGAAGGAGUGGUCUGAGAAGGUUAUUCUUAAAAUGUAUCCUUGUUUUCCAGUAAAUCAGUAGGCAAAUUGCUUCUCAUAAAACACUGCAUCCCAUGCUAGUAAAUGGUGAAGUAUAAAGUCACGUUUUGCAAUCCAUAGACUUAUGCAAGACUAAACAUUAACUAAAUUAACUAAACAUGCUUUCUUAGGUAGAAGGUUUCCCCCCAUUUUACUCAUUGUUCUGAACAAAAGAGAAACCUCCUACUUUCUUUCUCAGUCUUUGCAGUACUUCAUAUCAAAUCCCUUAUUUUAUUUAAAAGUGGAUUAAACUAGGAGCUGGUAUUAGCAAUGUAUGCUCUCCAGCUUUUGAAAGUCCUAGUGGUGGGAGCAUCACUGGCAUGGGCCACUGUUUCUGAAACAAACAGAUGUGAAACAAGCACCUGCACAGUCAUGGCGUGUGGCAGCCCAGGACUCAAUGGUUUACCCGGAAGAGAUGGAAAAGAUGGUGCAAAAGGAGAAAAGGGAGACCCAGGAGUUGAAGUGAGGGGCCAACAGGGUCCCCCUGGCAAAGCUGGGCCUCCUGGAAUCCCAGGAAUGCAAGGAACCCCAGGAAUUAUGGGUCCCUCAGGCCAAAAGGGGCAAAAGGGAGAAGCUACAGCUAUUGACACAAUUCAAACACAAGUUGCUACUUUGGAGAAGACGAUUCAGACACUUCAAGAAGAGCUUAGAAAAACCAAAACACUUCUAUUGUUGCAGGGGGCAGUGAGCGUUGGUGAGAAAAUAUUUGUUUCAACUGGCCAGCAAAACACUUUCUCCGGUGGGAGAGAUUUGUGUGCGCAUGCUGGUGGAGCACUUGCCAGUUCAAGGAAUGCAGCUGAGAACAGAGCAUUGACAGAAAUCAUGAAGAAGAAUUCAAAGCAUGCUUUCCUUGGCAUAAAUGAUAUCCAGACAGAGGGUAAAUUUGUGAAUUUGAAUGGAGCACCUGUAGGUUAUACCAACUGGAAACAAGGAGAGCCCAAUAAUCUCAAUAAUGAGGACUGUGUUAUAUUGCUGGAAGAUCAGUUAUGGAAUGAUGUUCCUUGUGAACAUAAAUCAUUGAUAAUUUGUGAAGUUUAGUCUAUUUACAAAAAACUUUUAAUUCUGGAAGCACACAUGCUUGUAGUUAGUAACAUCUAGCAAAUGAAUGUAACUUUUUACUCCAAGAUGAAGUCUAGGGAAGAAGAAGGCUUUUGUCCGAGUUUGAUCAAUUACUAGGAUUUACCAAAAGUCACAACAUUGAUUGCUAAAGAAAGUUAAAAUGAAAAAUUUGCCUAUCUCAAUCUUUAAUUGAGAUAGGCAAAUCUCAAAGAUGGUCCCGUCACCAUCACAGGCUCACUUUGUAAGGACAUGAGAGAAAGCUUUCAAUGGCUGCUCCUACCCUCUGGGAUUCCCUUCCAAUGGAGGCUAGGAUGGCCUCCUCCCUGCUUUCAUUUCACUGGCAAGCAAUACCAUUUUUAUUUAAGCAAUCUUUUAAUGGUUAAGCAGGGAAGGUUCUUAAUACAGAUGUGUGGAUUACCUGCUUUUGACAUUUGGAUGAUUUUUAAUCAGUUUUAUAAUGUUUUAAUGUGGUGAUCUUAAAUUGGUUUUUCAAACUGUUUGUCAAUAUUUAUAAUUUGUUGUUGGGGAUGCUGUCUUGGGUCCUAUCCUGGGAGAAAGGCAGAAUGUAAAUAAAUAAAUAAAUAA